CAGACGUGCUCUGCCCCAGUGUUCGGGUAGAAGGAGACCGCUUUAAACACACUAAUGGAGGAUCCAAGGAAAUCACAGGUUUUGACCUGAUGGAUUUGUUCAGUGUGAAGGAAAUCUUGGGGAAGAGAGAAAAUGGAGCACAGAGUUCCUAUGUACGGAUGGGUUCCUUCCCUGUGGUGCAGAGAACUGAGGAUGUAUUCCCCCAAGGUCUGCCUGAUGAGUACGCCUUUGUCACAACCUUCCGGUUCCGGAAAACAUCUCGGAAAGAAGACUGGUACAUCUGGCAGGUCAUCGACCAGUAUGGCAUUCCACAGGUUUCUAUCCGGCUGGAUGGUGAGAACAAGGCGGUUGAGUACAAUGCUGUGGGUGCCAUGAAGGAUGCAGUCAGGGUGGUCUUCCGAGGUCCCCGGGUUGAUGACCUCUUUGACCGUGACUGGCACAAGAUGGCUCUAAGCAUCCAGGCCCAGAAUGUGUCCCUCUACAUUGACUGCGUGCUGGUUCAGACACUGCCCAUCGAGGAGAGGGAGAACAUCGACAUCCAGGGCAAGACUGUGAUUGGCAAGCGUCUCUACGACAGUGUGCCCAUUGAUUUUGACCUGCAGCGGAUUGUGAUCUACUGUGACUCGAGGCAUGCAGAACUGGAGACUUGCUGUGAUAUCCCGUCGGGUCCGUGUCAGGUGACUGUGGUGACGGAGGCUCCACCUGCGCCUCCACAGCUGCCCACUCCUGGUAGUGAACAGAUUGGGUUCUUGAAGACCAUCAACUGCUCAUGCCCAGCUGGAGAAAAGGGUGAAAGGGGCUUCACUGGCCCUGUGGGACUCCCUGGGCAGAAGGGAGAUUCAGGACCCAUUGGACUGACAGGUGCGCCAGGGCCCAAGGGAGAGAAAGGAGACACUGGGAGAGGACCCUUCUUUCAAGGAGAAAAGGGUGAGAAGGGAUCCAUGGGCCCACCUGGACCACCUGGAAGAGAUGGCAAUAAAGGCAUGAGAGGGGAACCAGGAGAGCUGGGAGAGCCAGGGCUGCCUGGAGAGGUGGGCAUGCGGGGGCCUCAGGGACCUCCUGGACUGCCAGGACCUGCAGGGCAAGUUGGAACUCCAGGUCUCCAAGGAGAACGAGGUCAAAGGGGAGCUCCAGGAGAAAAGGGGGAGCGAGGCCUGGAUGGAUUCCCUGGGAAGCCUGGAGAGACAGGAGAGCAGGGAAGACCAGGGCCUCCUGGUGUGGCAGGACCCCAGGGAGAGAAGGGAGAUGUGGGGCCUCCAGGACCCCCUGGCGUGCCAGGCUCUGUGGUGCAGAAAGAGGGCCUGAAGGGAGAGCAGGGAGCCCCUGGACCAAGAGGUCACCAAGGCCUACCUGGAGCUCCAGGAGCACCGACCAUGAUCAGUUUCUGUUCAGAUUCGACACUGAAGUGCCAGUUGAACCGCUUCAGGCAUAGUUACUUUCCCCACCUCUCUGAUUAG